UCUCAUCCUCCCUUGAUCUCUAUUAAACCCCCAUCAAAGCCAAUUACAAAACAAAAUAAACCAACCCCUCAACUACCUAACCACCCUUCAGUCACUCUGCCUCUCAACCCUAAUUUCCAAUUUUUUUAUUUUUAAUUCUCCCUUUCUCCCCCUCUUUCCCUGUCCCUCCUUUUCCCCGGUAAAAAGAGAAACAAAAAGCUGAGGACCUCCCCAAACUUUGCAAACAUGCAAAUUCACCACCACCACCAAAGCCUAAACUUUAAGCAACCAAAAUCCCCCUCUUCUCUCUAUCCUCCCAUCCAUCUUCCCCAUCAACAAAAAUAGUAACAAAUCCCAUUUCCCUCUCUCUCCCCCAAAAUAAAACAAAAAAAAAAUCCAUUCUUUCUCCAUUUUCAACCCCAUUUCCCCCCAAAAAUCCAAUCUUUCCCCAUACCCACCUCCCAAAAUCUCUUCUUUCUCCAAACCCAAAUCCCCAAUUCCCCCAAAUCCAACCAAAGAGAAUCAAACACACAAAAAAGAAAACAAAUUUGUAGCUUCCCACCUUCAAUGUGGCGACCGUGGGGCAAAUCAACUGUUCGAAUUCACAGCGCGUCUUCAUCACCCUCUUCCACAUUCUCUUGUUCUUCCUUCAAAGACAUUCAAACCCUUUGCCUCGACGAACCCCCACAACAAAACCAGCAUCAUCAACAAUUACCCUCUCCUUCCCCCACAAGAAAACCCUCCGUUUUCCACCGAGUCCGACUCGCCAACUCGCUCCUCCGAACCUGGUCAACUCACCUCCACCCCCAACCCCAACCUCCCAAACUCCCCGAACCCCCCGAAUCCGAACCUGAUGUUGUCGUCUCGAAACCCGAACCACAACAACCUGCGAUUUAUUAUUUCCCGGGCGCGGAACAGCGCGUGGUGGUGUACUACACGAGCCUGCGCGUGGUGAGGCCCACGUUCGAGGCGUGCAAGAGCGUGCUCUCCAUUCUACGCGGCUUCCUCGUCCAAAUCGACGAGCGUGACGUGUCCAUGGACUCGGGCUUCACCGCCGAACUCAACCGAAUCAUGGGCCGGCCCGUGCCCGGCCCUGGCCCAUCAUUGCCGCGCGUGUUCAUCGCUGGCAGGUACGUCGGUGGGGCCGAGGAGGUUCGACAGCUCAAUGAGGUUGGCGAGCUCAAGAAGAUCCUCAUGGACCUGCCCGCAGUGGAUCCCACCACCGAGUGCCACGUGUGCGCGGGUCACAGGUUCGUUCUGUGCGACGAGUGUAACGGUAGUAGGAAGGUCUACGCCGAGAAGACCGGCUUCAAAACGUGUAACGCGUGCAACGAAAACGGUCUCGUUAAGUGCCCUUCUUGUUUUCCUUCUUCUACUUCUCUACCCAAAUUUAACAAUGAAAUCCAAAAUUGAAACCAUUUUCUCUCUUUUUUUUUUCUCUCUCUUAAAUUAAUUGUUUAGGUUUUGUUUUUGGAUAAUUGAGUUUUGUAGUUUUUUUUUUUGGACGUGUGAGAAUGAAUAUGUAUAGGCCCUCUGGAAGGGUAAUAUUUUGAAGACUGACUUUCUUUUUCUUUUACUAAAUCACAUUGUACUUUUUUUUAUAACAAAAAGUUGUGGAUAUUUGAAUUUUGAUUUAUUA